GUAAGUUUACGUGGAAAAACAUGGCGGCGGCAGUGGCUGCACUAGCUGGCAGUUGUCAACGCGCAGCCUGACAAUCCCGCACGGUUUUGGGACGUUUUUAUCGGAAUUGUUUAAUGUCACCCGGCCAGAUUUAAUCGUAAACGUCGGUGCUAUUAAUCGACGCUUCGUAUGAAGUCAUUUUAUCCCGUGUUUAGGUUCAGAAACCGCAGAAAUGGAGGAUGAGGAGCGGCGGAGGAAGCUGGAGGCCGGCAAAGCGAAGCUGGCGGAGUACAGACAGAGGAAAGCUCAGAGUGAUGGACAGAAGAAGAAGAAGAAGAAAAAGAAUAAAGGAUCAGAACAGGAAGAAGGAGAACAGGAAGUGAGUGGAGAGAGAAAGGAAGUACCAGCUACAGAGCUUUCCUUUUCCAGAACUCUUCGUAGUGGAGAAACUGUUAAACAUGACCAAACGUACACAAUAGAGCCUGAGAGUGAGAUCUCCACCACGGCAGAAGAUUACUCCUCUGAGGUGAAUGGUCAUGAGACGGCUGAGCAAUCGCUGGACGUUGGGGAGGAGGAGGAGGAGCUCUAUGCCCCCAGCAGAUUACAGGAGAUGGAGAACGAACUCGCCGCCAAGAACAUGGCGGUGGAGGAAUUGAGCCGAGAGCUAGAGGAAAUCAGAGCUACGUUUGGAGCUGAAGGAGUGCAACAGCUCCAGGACUUUGAGGCAGCGCUGAAGCAGAGAGACGGCAUCAUCACACAGCUAACGGCGAACCUGCAGCAGGCUCGGGCGGAGAAGGACGAGGUGAUGCGCGAGUUCCUUGACCUCACUGAAAAAAGCCAGAAACUACAGAUCCAAUUUCAACAGUUGCAGGCAGGUGAGUCAUUAAGGAGCUCCAGUAUCAGCAGUGCUGCUGCGGAUCUCCUGCAAGCCAGACAACAAGUCCUGCUUUAUCAACAACAGCUGGAUGAGAAAGACGCAACGGUCAGAAGUCUCCAGAUGCAGCUAGAGAAAAGGGAUGGAAAGAUCAGAGGUCUCCAGGAGCAGUUAGAGGACAGAGACGGAAAUGUCGGUAGUCUCCAGAUGCAGCUAGAGGAUAGGAACGGAAAGGUCAAAGGUCUCCGGGAGCAGACAGAGGAGAUGGACGGAAAGGUCAAACGUCUUCAGGAGCAGCUGCAGGAGAGUGAGGCUAAGGUCAACAGCCUCCAGGAGCAGAUGUCACAGAUGGUGCAGAUCCAGCAAAGGAUGUCCGAACUCGAGAUGGUCUCAAGGGAUACAGAAGAAUCUUUUACCCAGAGACUUCAAGAGAAGGACUUGCGGAUUGAAGAACAGGAAAGGCUAAUACUAGAGCAUCAACAAUCUUUAUUCCAACUCCGGGACAUUCUCCAAGAGUCUGAGAAGCGUUUCAUUAACAUUAGUGAACAGCUGGAAGCAAAGGUCCGUGACCUAGAGGGUUGUGAAGCAGAGCUGCUGGCCUCCAAGGAGAAGGAGAGACUUUCAUCAGGUGAAGUCUUGCAACUGAUGGGCACUGUGGAGGCCCUUCAAAAACGCUACCAUCAGGGCAGCCAAUCAGAAGGCGAGGUUCUCCAGAGGGCAGAGCAAGAUGCUACACGAAGGCUGGACCACCUGAGGGCAGAACUGGACGAGAUGUAUGGGCAGCAGAUUGUUCAGAUGAAACAAGAGCUCCUUGCUCGGCACACGGAAGAGAUGACAAAUAUCCUCAAUCAGCAUUCCACAGAACUGAAGAUUGUCUUGGACCAGCAUCGCAUUGAAAUUGAGCGAUUAACAUCUCAGUUGACUCAAAGCACCGGAGAGGUCAAUGCCCUGAAUGUCAGAGUGAUUGAGCUCCAGCAACGGCUGCAGGAGGUGCAGGUCUUGCGAGAAAAAGCUGAACAUGACCUCACACAAAGGUCUGAGGAAAAGAUAUUGCUGCAAAACCAGGUGCAGCAGCUCAUAGAGGACUUACGCUUAAAGGAUCAGGAGAAGAGCCAAUCGGAGGUGCAUCUCCAGCUUCAUGCUACAAUAACUGACCUUAAGGCUCAGCUAGCAUCUGUUCAGGAAGCCUCAAUUGAGCUGGAGGCCAAGCAUGAAUCUGAAAUUACCAACUACCGGAUUAAGCUAGAGAUGCUGGAAAGGGAAAAGGACGCAGUACUUGAUCGCAUGGCUGAGUCGCAGGAAGCUGAGCUUGAACGCCUCCGCACGCAGCUGCUAUUCAGCCAUGAGGAGGAACUUUCUAGGCUUCGUGAGGACCUUCAGCAUGAGAGCCAGAUGAAUGUGGAGAACCUGCGGGAUGAGCUCAACCAGCGACACGAGGAAACUGUCCAACAACUCCGCAAUGGGUAUGAGGAACGGAUGAGGGUGGCUGAGGAUGAGAGGUCAAUUUUGGCAGCAGAAAGAACCUCACUGUUGCAGGAGAUUGUCACACUGAAAAAUGACCUGAGCCAAGCACUGGAGAAAUCUCGAGUGGAGGAACUGGUCUCGCAACUGAAGGCCCUGCAGGCAGAGAUUCAGGAGCUAAGACAGAGACAAAGUGAAAAGGUUGAACCUGAUGGGAAACUGUGCAAAAAUGAACUGACAAGGGACUCUGAGCAGAGUUGGGAGAGAAUGGAAUCUGAAAAUAAACUUCUGAAAGAAACAAAUGCAUCCCUGGCAGAAGAACUGAAGUCUCUUGAGGAGGAUAACAAGAUGCUGAUGAAGAAAAUGGACAGUCUGAUUUCAGAGAACAGGCAAGCAAAUGAGGCAGCUGAAGAACUAAGAGCUGAAAUUGAGAGGCAGAAAAGCACAUUCUCAUUUGCAGAAAAGAACUUUGAGGUGAACUACCAGGAGCUGAGAGCAGAGCUGGAAGAAAGACUUCGGGAACAGACGUUGCAGUAUGAAACAAAACUCCAGGGCCUUGAAACACAGCUUCAAAAUUUAAAGUCCGGAAAAGAGCAUGGAUCCAUCCAGAGUACAAAGGAAGAGAAUGAAGAACAAGCUGGAGGAGCAUUAGUGGAAAAAGACACAACAGAGCUGAUGGAGAAGCUCCAAACUGUGGAGCUGGAGAGGGCGGGGCUAGUGAAACAAGUGGAACAGAAGGAGACCGAUAUAGAGAACAUGAAAAUAGAGAGUGCAAAGCUGGUGGACCAGAUUAAAAGGAGGGAAGUGGAGUUUAGGAAAGUAGAGCAGGAGAAGACAGGGUUAUUGGAACAGGUGGAGCAAAAGGAGGCAAAGGUCAAGAUGGUGGAGCUAGAGAGGGCAGGGCUUCUUGAACAGUUGGAGCAGAAGGAGGUGGAGCUAAAGAGGUUUGCACUAGAGAGAGCAGGGUUGGAAGAACAGACUGAAUUGAAAGAUCUGGAGUUAAAGAGGGUGGAGCUCGAGAAGGUAGGGCUGGUGGAGCAGGUUCACAAGCAAGAGGCAGAGCUACAGCAGAAGGAGGCAGAGCUUGAAAAGAUGAAGCUGGAGAAGGCAGAGCUGGUGCAACAGGUGGACCAGAAAGUGGUCGUGCUACAGCAAAAGGAGGCAGAGCUCCAGGAGAUCAAGCUGGAGAAGGCAGAGCUGGUGCAACAGGUGGACCAGAAAGCAGUAGUGCUACAGCAAAAGGAGGCAGAGCUUCAGGAGAUCAAGCUGGAGAAGGCAGAGCUGGUGCAACAGGUGGACCAGAAGAAGGUUGUGCUACAGCAAAAGGAGGCAGAGCUCCAGGAGAUCAAGCUGGAGAAGGCAGAGCUGGUGCAACAGGUGGACCAGAAAGCAGUAGUGCUACAGCAAAAGGAGGCAGAGCUUCAGGAGAUCAAGCUGGAGAAGGCAGAGUUGGUGCAACAGGUGGACCAGUGGAAGGUUGUGCUACAGCAAAAGGAGGCAGAGCUACAGAGAAUGAAGCUGGAGAAGGUGGAGCUAAUGCAACAGGUGACCCAGAAAGAGGUAGUGCUACAGCAAAAAGAGGCAGAGCUUCAGAAGUUGACAGAAAAAGAGACACUAGUGCAACUGGUGGAACAGAAGCAUGUAGUGCUACAGCAAAAGGAGGCAGAGCUGCAGAGGAUGAAGCUGGGUAAAGUGGAGCUCACAGACCAAGUUCCAGUAAAGAAGGUGGGUCUUAAGGCAGCCAGGAAGACAAGACAAAAAGCCAACAGGGUCAAAAGUUUAGAGAUGAAGCCUGACACUAAGAAACAGAGUCACCUCAAGAUUCAGUUUUCUGAGGUGGAGCUUCAGGAAGAGGAGGCGGGUAAGACUGAAAAGCUUUUGGCUCCGCCCCUUUCCCAGGCUGCUGCUGCGGAGGAGGAGAGAGUGAGAGAGACGGAUGUCUGUGUUGUGCAUCGCGGUGAUGGCGUGAAGCAGAAAACACACGCUCGUACUAAGAUCGUCGCUGCUGCGGCGACAUGCUCUCAUGCACACACUGACACACACACUCAAACACACACUCAGCCUGCUGCUGCAGCGACGCACACAGACAGAGCGAACAAGCCGGAGAGCGACUCGGAGAAACAGGUGGAGAGCCAAUAUGGAGAGACAGACUUGGUCCCCACAGUGAUACACACAGACAGCAUGGAAGGCAUUGAACAUGAGGAAUGCAGGCUGCAGAUGGAGGCUCAGCGUAUCAGCCUCUCUCAGAUUCAUGCUGCUCAGUUAGAACUGCUUAAAGAGAGACUGCCUGGGUGGGAGGAUCCUGGGAGACAAGGCGGGGCUAAAGCCUGCAGCCCCUCACUGAGCUCCAUCACCCAGGACUGCACACACCUCCUCCAGUUGAUUUCUGGUGUGUGUGGAGUCGACGCUGUGGAUGUGACGGAUGAACAACUCCAGAAUCUCCGACCUUCCACCAUCAGAGAGAUUAUAGACACAACCCGAGAUGUAUACCGAAAGCUGCAGCAGUUGGACAUGGGUGUUUUAUCUUCACACACUUGUCUUACAACGUCACUGAGUGAGGAUAGAAAUGAGACGGUGUAUGAUGAUCACUCAGUCAGAACUGAAGAUGAUGUCCACACCUCCACACUCUCUGACCUACAGGAGGAGCCUCAGGAGGUGGUGAAGAUGGUGCUAAAGGAGCGUCACGAACUUCAGGAGGAGGUGAAGCAGAAGAUGGACCCUCAGGAGGAGGUGAAGCAGAAGAUGGAGCUUCAGGAGGAGCAGCACAGGCAGGAGAUUCAGCGUCUGAGGAGUUACUAUAGUGAGCAGAUCAGAGAAACGGAGGAACGCUACACCAACGAGAUCCUCCUUCUGCAGGACCAACUUCAGGACAUGACUCCAGCAGACACCUUGCCCAGCAUGCCAAGUGUUUCUGCACACACACAGGAGCAGCAGCUUCAGAUGCGACAGUGUGAGAUGGAGGAGGAGAUUGCCAGGGUGAUCGUGCAGAUGUCAGUGGAGUUCGCCAAGCAGAGCGAGAUGAAUCGCAUCAGCAUGCAGAGCGACAGAGAGAGACAGCAGCAUGAACAAAGUGAGGAGACACAGGAGGGGGCAGCACCUGAGCGAGUGCUUCAGAAGGAGGAAGAGCUGGGGAGAGGAGGAAUGGAGCGACGGUAUCCCAGCAUGCAGUGCAGUAGCACACAGACAGAAAAGCUGCGGAGAAGUGGAGAGGGGGAUGAGGACAAGGAUGAGGAGAGAGAGACGAAGAAGAAGGACGAGCAGUGUGGGGAGGAGGAAGUGAUGGUGACAUCACAGAUGACAUCAGCACACACACAGGAAAGACUGCAUCAGGUGUUAACGGACAUGUUAAAGAUGGCCGCCUUGAUGGAGGAGCUCGUCAGAGACCCGGACGUGCCUGAGGUGGACAACUCGAGCCCGUUGUCGGGGGCAACAGACAGUGACGAGGGGCUGGACAUGUCUCAGGAGGCGGGGCUUGCUGUGGAGGGGGUGGGGCCUGUGUGCAGUGUGAGCUCCAGGCUGCAGAAGGCGAUGGAGAAGCUGCUCCUCACCCUGACUGAGACGCAAUCACAGUUGGAUCACGCUCGGUUAACUCAGACGGAGUUGAUGAAGGAGAAGUUCAGUUAUGAUCAGCAAAUCGCCGACUUACUAAUCAGACAGGAGGAGCUGCAGCAGAGACUAGAGGAGGAGAGAGCUGCUCGAGAGAAGCUCACACUGCAGCUCCAUCAAGCUGAAGGUUUGAUUGACGGGUAUUCGGGUGAGAGGCGGGCCCUGGAGGAGCAGGUGCGUGAGGGGACGGCACUGCAGCAGCAGCUGGAGGCGGAGCUUCAGACGACAAACAGCCGACUUCGGGAACUACAACAGGAAAGAAAAGAAGUUCAGGACCAGCAGGACCUGUUACUACGGCAACAAGACGCCAUGAUGGGCGGAGCCACAGAGGCAGAGCUAAGCCUAGUUGAGGCUGCAGUUGAUGAUGCACCUGAGGCAGGACUUCUGGAGGAGACGGAAAAGCUGAUGCAGGAGAAGGUCGAUGUUCAACGACAGGCCCAGAAGGAUCACGCAGAGCUUCUGGAGCAGGUGAAGCAGUUGGAGGCGGAGCUUGAGGAGCAUGUUAAAGCCAUGGCCAAGCUGGAGGAGACUCACCUGUCCGAGAGCGCUGACCUCCGGCAGCAGAUCCACGCUCUUGAAAAACUGCUGGAGAACAACCGGCGCUUCCUGGAUGAGCAGGCUGCGGACAGAGAGCAUGAACGAGAUGUGUUUCAGCAGGAGAUCCAGAAACUGGAGCAGCAGUUGAAGAGCAGCAGUAAGCCUCAGGCUGACCACAGAGAGGUGGAGGAGCUGAGCGUGGCCCUGCAGGAGAAAUCUGAUUGGUGCAGUGAGCUCUUGUUGCGAGUGGAGCAGCUGCAGAGGGAUGUGCAGGAGCGUGAUGAGGAGAUCGAGCGGCAGGAGGAGCGCGUGAGGGUGCUGGAGGAGGUGCUCGUAUCCCACGACAACCACGACAUCACGCCAACCAGGGAGGACAGUAAGCAGUAUGCCUCCAUGGCAGGCGGGGCUCAUGCCACCCUGGAGGCUUUACUCCAGACAGAGAGAGAGGCGCUGGACAGGAAAGAAAAAGAGAUUGUGAAUCUGGAGGAGCAGUUGGAGCAGUUCAGGGAUGAGCUCCAGAACAAGAGUGAGGAGGUUCAGCAGCUCCACAUGCAGCUGGAGAUCCAGAGGAAGGAGAUCAGCACACAGCAGCAGGAUCUUCAGGCUCACACCAGCUUACACACGGUCUUGGAGGAGAAGAACAGGCAAAUUGCUCUUCUUAAUGAACAGAUUGCUAAACUUCAGCUUUCGGAAACUACGAAGCCUGACGACAAGGAGGUGGCGGUAAAGAAUGAGCAGGUGCGUGAGCUUGAGUCUCAGGUUGAGUACCUUCGUGGAGAACAGGAUCGGCUCAAACGAGACAGUGAGGAAGAAGUGGAGCAGCUAAACUCUGUAAUCGAGAAACUCCAGCAGGAGCUUUCCAAAAUUGAGCACAAACAACCUGCCGAGGAAGAGGAGGAUGAUGAGCAAGACCAGCAUGAUGAACUGAAACAGAAGAUGGACCAAAUUCAGAGAGAGCUUGACGCCCUCAAGGAAGACCACUCCUCGCUUCUCAGCAAAUAUGGAUCCCUGCAGGAGGAAAGAGAGACAAAAGAAGAAAAGGAGAAAAAGAACGAGAUGCUAGUUCUUGAACUUGAAGACAUGUUGAGGGAGAAAACUGCAGCAUUAGUGGUGGCCCAAGUUCAGAUUCAAGCUUUGGAGGAAAGUGCAAACUCCACAGUGACCAAUUUAACCCAGCGAGUGGAGGAGCUAGAGAAUUACCUAGAAGACAGAGAGGUGGAACUGAGGGAUUGUAGAUCAGAGGUGGAUAAAGUACAAUCUGAAGCAGGAAACCUCCAUCUGAAGAUCUCCCAGCUGGAGGAGAAACUCAAGGAGAAGGUAGCUACUUUGAGCCAGUUGGUCAACCAAGAGCAUCUUGAAACAAACAUCCAAACCAAAGAGUCUGAAUGUAAGAUACAAAGUGGGACUGUUUUGGAUGACAUUGUGAAAGAGGUGGAAUUAAAUAUGGAACAUGGAGAACUUUUGGGCAAACCCAUUGCUGGGAAAGAGCUGGGAUUAAAGCAGCAGUGUGGGACAGUACUGGAUCAGGAGAAUGAUGGAAAAGAGUUGGGAUCAAAGGUCAUUGCUGGAGAAAAAAUGGAAUCAAAGGUAGUUGAACCCACUGCUGGAUUAAUGGGAUCUAGUUCAGAGCUGGAGGUCGAACAGUUUGCGGUAAAUACCAUGGAGAAUGUAGUCCUCCUGACGGAGAAGUUGAGAAAUCUGGGAGUAGAUCUGAGUUCAAUGCCAAAGGACCAAGAACUGCAAAAACAUCUGCUUGCCAGUUCAGAAGAGGAGGUUGAAGAGUAUGAGAAAAUGCUGACUAAGCUCAUGGAGCUGCUCAACCAAAUGAAAACAACACCUACAUCACCUGCAGCGACCUCAAGUGAAUGCACUACCGAGAUGGAGAAGCUGAUUCAGGAGCUGCAGGAGGUCAAAGGUCAAUCAGAGGCUGCUAAGGAAGAACUGGACAGCUGUAGAAAUCAAAAUCAGAAUCUGCAGGAACAGAUACAGCUUAAGGAGGAUAUACACAGGCUCAGUGAAGCCUCAGAGCGCAGGAGUGAAAAAAACACUACAGUGAUAUCAGCACUUCAGCAGGAGCUGCAGGAGGUUAAAGGUCAAGCAGAGGCUACUGAAGAGGAACUGAACAGCUGUAAAGAACUCAGCCAAAGACUUCAGGAACAGAUUCAGGAGCGAGAGAUGACGAUCGCUCUGUUGAAGGAUCAGGUGCACAGGGCAACUGAUGAAGUGGACAGUUCUCAGCUGCUUCAGGAGCUUCAGGAGGUCAAACACGAAGCAGCAGCGACUAAAGAAGAGCUGAACAGCUACAUAGAGCGGAGCCUCAAGCUGCAGGAGCAGAUACAGGCUCGAGAUGCAUCUAUAGCCCAGCUGAUGGAGGAACUCCAGCAGCUCCGUACAGCUUUAACCAAAUCAGAAGAGAAAGACUUAGCUUCCUCCAAGAAGAAAACCGGACGAGAUCAUCACGGAAAGGUCAAAGGUGGCAGCACAGCCAGAGACAAGGACAGACAGUCUCUCUCCAGGAAGAACUCCAGUACUCCACCUUUGGCUCCUUCGGCUAAUGGCUCUCCAGGUGUGUCCACUGUGGACGUGGGGACACAGGUGGAGGGGGCGGAGCUGGGGGCAGAGCUGGAGGAAGUGAUUGGCGAGUACACGGAGCGCAUCGGGCAGAUCCGGGAGCUGCACGCGGCCGAGAUCAUGGACAUGGAGAACAGGCACAUUGCAGAGAGCGAGAGUUUGAAGAAGGAGAACCAGAGACUGGAGCAGGAGUGUAACAUGCUCAGAGAUAGCAUUAACAAACUCCGCCCCAUACAGGUUGUGAGACCGGAUCACUCUGCGUCCUCCCCAUUCAGAGACGGAUACACCAGCGACAGCAGCUCAGAGGUGGGCUCAGAGUUCAGGAGCACACCUGAAGGGGCACGGCCAGACGACACACACCUGCCUGACAGGAUUAAGGCUCUCCUCAGGGAGGUCCAUCAGGAGGGAAUGCAGGUUCUCUCUCUGUCUGAGCUGACUCUGUGUGACGACUCUGCAGACCGCAGCAGCCUGUUAGCGCAGAUCACACACCUCCAAGCUCAGCUCGCACAGCUACAACAGGACACACACACCACCCAGCAACUGCACCACACGCUGGGCAUGACAGAGAAACAGGCAGGAGAGAGAGACAGAGAGACAGAUGAGUGUGAGAGGCUGAAGGCCGAGCUGGCUCAGGUCAAACUGGAGCUGAAGACGUCACUGAAAACCCAACACACACACCUGAGAGAGCUCGACACACUCAGGGCCGAGGUGUCUGCGAAGGCAUCUGAGCUGGACGCAGUGAGUGACCGCCUGGCAGAGGAGCAGCGGCGGGCGAGAGAGCUGCAGUGGGAGGUGGAGAGAGAGAGGAGCAAGGCGGACAGGAGGGCUGAGGGAGAGAGGGAGGAGCUGGAGGAUAUGAGACUCGCUCUGGAGGAGGAGAGACAGGUUUCAGCACAGAGAGAAGCAGAACUCUCCAAAUACAUGGGCCUGUCCACACAGCUGCAGGUCCAGUUAGAAUCUCAGAACUGUCGGCUAAACGAGCUGAGCUCUGACCUUCAGAAGGAGAAAGAGCUCAAUGCAGAACUGCUUAAACACACACAGCGCCCCCUAGAGGUGGAGGACGGCAUUGCCUCUGUAGCGGACAAUGUGCUCCAAUCUCUGCAGGCCCAGCUGAAGGAAAAGCAGGCCAGCCUGGUGGAGCUGAGGGCACAGGCAGAGCAGAGGGUGCUGCAGGAGCUGGAGCAGAAGCGGCAGUGGCAGGAUGAGAGGACACGCCUCCAGAGACAGAUAGAUGAGCUCCAGAGCCUGUUGGAGGGAGAGAGGGAGCGAGAGAAGGGCAUAGAGAGACAGAAAGAAAGGCUGGAGUGCAGAGUUGCUGAGCUGAUGGAGAAGAGCAGCCACAUCGAGAGAAUGGGUGACUGGGGGUUGGGGCAGAAAUCGGACAAAACCGUGCCUCUGGACUCCAUCAGUAUACCCUUCCCGAGCACAGCAGGGGCAACAGAUCUCAGGGACAUGGGCAGCGUUAUUGCAAAGCUACAGCAAAUUGCCAGCAAAAUCAACAGGCUCACUGUGGAGGGUGCUGACAGAGAGAGCUUCAGUUGGUUACAGAGGAACAUUCAGGAUGUAGUGUCAUUCCUGCAGAAAUUCUCCUCAGCACCCCCUGCUGGACCAGAGAGUGCUGCCCUGCUGACUGGAGGUUUCUCCAGUGUGUUAACGGAGCGACUGCUGCGUCAGAACGCAGAGCUAACAGGUUUUGUCAGUCGUCUAACAGAGGAGAAGAACGAGCUGAGAAAUCAGAUUCUGAGACUGGAGGAGGAGCUCAGGAGACUGCGCCACCUUAAGGCCCAUAGCUCCCUCAGGCCUGGCUCCGAGGUCCCGGAGGGUGUGUCGGAGGUACAGAGGGAGGUGUGGAUGAGAGAGAAGAGCAGAAUGGAGAAAUCUCUCCAUCAGGCAGAGGCGGAGAUUUCACGUCUUCGGGCAGAGAUUCGCUCUGACACGGUGCGAGACCUCAGCACGGCCGAUGCUGACAAUGCGACGCUAAAGAGGAUUUAUGGAAAAUACCUGCGUUCUGAGAGUUUCCGCAAAGCCCUGAUCUACCAAAAGAAAUACCUGCUGCUGCUGCUGGGUGGCUUUCAGGAGUGUGAGGAGGCUACGCUCUCACUGAUUGCAAGCAUGACCGGCCCACAUGCGUACACACACCCCACCUUUCUGGAGUGUGUAAGUCACCGGCGCCGUGGAUACACACGCUUCCGAUCAGCCGCCCGCGUCUGCAUCGCCCUCUUCAGGAUGCGUUUUCUGGUUCGGAGAUGGCAGAAGGUGACAGGAGGAUCAAUCAACAUCAACAGGAAUGGUGUAGGACAGAGCCCAGUGAUGGAGGGGAGGAACGACUCUCCCUACCUGCAACCAUAUGGGGAGAGAAGAGGAACAAACAGAGGAAGAACAGGACGCGAGUCACCUCACACUGCACACUCCACGCAGCACAGGUAUGGAGGGAUAAGUACAGAUGGAGGAGUGUUGUGUUCUCAUCUACAGAAUUAUGAUCCAGAUCGAGCACUCUCUGAUUACAUCACCAGACUGGAGGCUCUGCAGCGUAGACUGGGGAGUGUGCAGUCAGGAUCGUCCUCGUAUACUCAGUUGCACUUUGGAAUCAGAAGAUAGAGAUCUUCAGUGAAACUGAACAAAUCAACACACACACACACACACACACACACACACAUACACCCACACAUCCACACACACACAUCCACACAUCCACACACACACAUCCACUCAGUUGCCUUUUAUCACACUGAGCUGCUGUGCUUUUGUACAUAUAAUUAAUGUGGAUUCACUAUUUGAGGGACCAAACACACACGCGCGCACACACACACACACACACACACACACACACACACACACAGUCGUCUGUACAUUAGGAGUGUUUGUUAUGUUUGCAGUUUACAGUAAUCCUGUUCUAUGUGUACAUGUGUGGGAAUGCUAAUUUAAGUUAAUUUAUAGAGUGGAUGUGGUGUACAGGGUGUUUGGGUUUCUCGCUCGCUGCUGCUGGAUUCGUGAUAACACCGACACCGUGUGUGUGUGAGAUGACACACUGUUCACAGCUGAAGGUCACGGGACAAACAUUUAUCAUUUGAUGGAGAUGAUACGACUCGAUGUGAUUAGCAGUGUGUGUGCGUGUCAGGGAGCUGCAGUGCGUCGUCAGUGUUAUCACACACACUAACACUGUUUUAUUAGCCGGCUCUCCAGAAGCGAACACAGAGGACACUUUGUAGAAGACAUAUUUUUGUAAAGGCAGGAGCUUUGACUUUUAUGGGUAUUUUGUCAACACUGAAAUAAAGAUUAAUAUAAUAUUUCAACAGUA